AUGUCGUCCAACCAGCAGCACCACCAACAACAACAACAAUCCCUGCCGCGCGAGAUGACGCGCAAAUACCUCGACAAAGCCGCCGAGGAAGCGGGCAAGAAGACCGUGGAGUACAUCAACGAAAACCGCGAUGAACUGGUGGACCAGGCCAAGGAGCAAAUUGGCCAGGCCAAGGAACAAGCCCAGGCCGCGAUCGACGAGCAAAAACAACAGGCGCAAGACGAAAUCGACGCGCGAAAAAAGGAAGCCCAGGAGGAAAUAGAGGCCCAAAAAAGACGAGCGCAGGACGAGUUCCAGGCAGCCAAAGACAACUUCUUCAGCAAUCUUUUCAAAUGUUGCUCGUAG